CUGAAAAGUCUUGUUGUCUUUUUGUUUGGGCUGCUGGAGCACUUCAACAUUCGAGGAGGCUAAUUGUUGUGCGUUUUGUUGCCUUUUCAAUCGCCAUGUGUGAAAAAAUCAACAAGGUGAACAGCUGGCUCGGGUCAGUGUUUGGGGAUCAGGCUGUGCCUCAGUUUGAGGUCAACACCAGGACUGUGGACGUGCUGUACCAGCUGGCACGGUCCAGUGAAGCCCGGUGCAAUGACACAGCUCUCCUUAUAGAAGACCUCAAACAGAAAGCAUCAGAGUACCAGGCUGAGGGUGCUCAUCUCCAGGAUGUUCUUCUACAAGGUGUUGGCCUGUCCUGUGCAAGCUUGUCAAAACCUGCUGCUGACUACUUGUCGGCUUUAGUGGAUAAUGCCAUUGUUCUUGGAGUCAGAGACACAUCCCUGUGCAGCUUUAUGCCAGCAGUAAACAACCUCACAAACGAACUUCUUGAAGCAGAGAAGUCAAACAGAAGACUUGACCGGGAUCUCAGGGCCCUCAGAAAGAGGCUGGGUGCCACUCUGGUGCUGCGGAGCAACUUACAAGAGGCUAUCAACAAAACUGUCAAAUCUCAGUCGGUGGAAAGUGCUAAAGCGGAGGAGAGGCUGCUCAGCAUGGGCUUUGUGACUAGGAAGACUAAAGAGUUCAGCAACACAAGGGAAAGGGCAGAGGCUCAACUUGUAUCCAGGAACAUGGACAAGUCCAUCACGCACCAGGCUAUUGUGCAGCUUUCUCAGGAGGUUACUGCACUGAAACAGGAAAUCAUUCCCUUGAAGAAGAAACUUGAGCCUUACAUGGACCUAAGCCCAAGUCCGUCUCUUGCUCAAGUGAAGAUAGAGGAGGCUAAAAGAGAACUGGUAAUCGCUUAA